AUCUGGGAGUGACAGGGAGAACAACCUGGAUUACCAUUUUCCAGUUAUAUAUGUGAAGCAUGGGUAAACGCUAUAAGGUUCUUUUCCCUGGAGUUAGCGUGAUGCAGGUGCAGUUUGGCAAAGAGAACUUCUUGGGACAGUCGGGGAGUAUUUUUCCCCCUAAAUUUAAGUUAUAUCCACUAACAGUGUCAAAUAUUACCAAGGGCCUAUCGGAAACAACCUAUCUAUCCCACCAGGGUAGGGGUAAGGUAUGAGUACACACUACCCUCCCCAGACCUCACUUGUGGGAUUAUACUUGGGUGGUUGUUGUUGUAGAGUCAAAUAUUAAGUUCAAUUUUGACACGCUCAUGCAUGUAUAUACAACAUGUUCUACUCAUACGAUUUGCUCAACUCAUGCACAACUUGUGAGUACUACUGGACUCCUAAAUGUAUUAUCAGCUCUUUCUUCACAAAAACAACAUGGUGAAUGCAGCACCAGAAGUCUGCUGGUCAGUUAUAUGCUGAUAGUUCACGCAAGAAUGCCGCUGCAACUUCCUUUGUAAUCCAAGUUACUCCUUGUAAAGUACUACAAUUUCUUUUUUCCCUUGUGGAGGUUAAGUCAUGGUUUGUGCAAAGGAAACCAUUCUUCUCUUCUCGGCAAUGGCUAUAUUUGGUUUCUUUAGCACAACUCUGGUCGACGGUACUGUGUACAGUGUUGGUGAUUCCGCCGGUUGGACAGGCAGCAAUAUUGACUAUCAUAUGUGGGCUUCUACUAAGACUUUCCAGGUUGGUGACACUCUUGUUUUCCAGUACAACCAACAACUCCACAACGUGGUACGGGUGAGCCUCUCCGAUUUCCAUUCGUGCAAUGCUGGAAAUCCAAUCGUCACUUACUCCUCCGGCAACGAUUCCAUCACCAUUGUCGGUCCCGGCCACUACUACUAUAUUUGUGGGUUUCGAGGCCACUGUCAAGCUGGACAGAAGCUCGAUAUUCGGGUACCCAAAGCCUACCAAUUAACUGAUAUCCGUAGCAGAAAACUAACUAAAGCUCCAGUUGCAGCCUAAGUAGCAGUGAUCAGAAGAGCAAAUAAAUACUUCACUUGGAGAAAAUUGAUUUGGAGGUUAAUAAAAUAUGUACUAGUGGUAGUGACAAUGUUUUGAAUUAUUAGCUCUAAGCUAUUGGACUACCUAUCAAUAACUAGUCUUAUUUGUUGUAUUACUGAUGUUCUGGGUAAUAAAAUGCAUUGGUGUGGGCAAAACAUAUACAUAUGAAUAUCAUAA